UUUAUUACAAUAUUAUUAUCGCCAAGGCCCGAAGCAACAAGCUGAUCGACGGUACAGACUUUGACCUUUUUGCGAAGCCAAAUACCGUUUCCGCGUUCCUAUUUAGAACACGGCGAAUCGGGUCGAGGUUUGUGAAACGGUGAAAAUUUGCCGUUUAUUUCUACCCUGUCUACGCCGACGAGGAGAGAGCCAUGGCGUCGAAUUUGCUGAAAAACAUUGUCAAGCUGGACACCAGAUUGUCCAUAUCGCAUAAUGUCUCCUUACCGAUCAGAUGUCUGGCCACAGCGUCGCCCCGUGUCAAAGACAAGACGGGAAAAAAUAUUGUAUUUGUUGACGGCGUACGAACUCCGUUCUUGCUAUCGGGAACCGACUAUUCGUCGUUGAUGGCUCAUCAGUUGGCCAAAGAAGCUCUCCUAGGACUGAUGAAGAAAACUAACGUUCCACGUGAAGUAGUCGAUUACAUUGUGUACGGAACAGUUAUUCAAGAAGUCAAAACUAGCAAUAUUGCCCGAGAAGCAGCUCUUGCUGCCGGCUUCCCUUACUCUGUUCCCGCACACACGGUGACGAUGGCUUGUAUCAGUUCCAAUCAAGGAAUUACUACGGGCAUUGGACUGAUUGCGGCUGGUGCGUACGAUGUGGUCGUGGCAGGCGGUGUGGAAUUCAUGUCUGACGUUCCGAUUAGACACUCUCGUAAAAUGCGAAGUCUUCUAUUAAAGGCGAACAAAGCAAAGACUCCUUUGGAUAAACUAAAAUUACUUUCCACAUUCAGACCGAGUUUCUUGAUGCCUGAGUUACCAGCUGUCGCCGAGUUCAGUUCUGGCGAGACUAUGGGUUUUUCGGCCGAUCGGUUAGCUGCUGCAUUUAAAGUUACUCGCGAAGAACAGGAUCAGUACGCAGUAAGAUCUCAUACGAUGGCUAAAGAAGCACAGGAAAAGGGAUACUUGACUGACAUUAUACCAUUUAGAGUGCCCAACUCGUCAAAGGUGAUAGAGGCCGACAACGGUAUUCGAGUAUCGCCAAUCGAGAAACUGGCCAAACUUAAACCUGCGUUUGUUAAACCACACGGCACUGUGACAGCUGCAAAUUCAUCAUUUUUGACCGACGGUGCUUCCGCUUGUCUUAUAAUGACUGAAGAGAAGGCCAAGCAGUUGGGUCUGAAACCGAAAUUGUACUUGAGAGAUUUCACUUACGUCGCACAAGAUCCACUUGAUCAACUUUUGCUCGGACCUACAUACGCCACACCUAAAGUAUUAGAGAAAGCCGGAUUGACUGUCAAGGACAUUGAUGUUUGGGAAGUGCACGAAGCUUUUGCGGGUCAAAUAAUGGCGAAUUUGAAAGCUAUGGAUAGCGAAUUUUUUGCACAAAAAUACAUGAACAGACAGAGUAAAGUCGGCGUGCCCGAUUUAUCCAAAUGGAACACAUGGGGAGGAUCGUUGAGCAUUGGUCAUCCAUUCGCAGCUACCGGAGUUCGUUUGACAGUACACACUGCUAAUAGAUUAGUCAGGGAAGACGGUCAAUUUGGUUUGAUCGCCGCUUGUGCUGCCGGUGGACAAGGUGUUGGCAUGAUUGUCGAAAGACAUCCUGACGCAACUCCGGAGUAAAUUAUCAUUAGCGAAAUCGUCAUUGUACAAACCUUAUGACGGCCAAUGGUGAUUUGGGGUAAAAGAAAUAUAUUUAUUGUAUUUUGAAACAUUAGUUAUGAACAUUAUUACGUUUAUUAUCUAAUAUAUUAUUUUUUAUUGUUCCAAGUGGUUAUAUUUAUAUCAUUAACUUCUGUAUUUUUCAACGGUUUUCUCAAAAGAGCAUGUCCUUAGAUAAAUUUAUUACUAUAGUUAUAUGAAAAUUUAAAUAAAAUAUUAUAUUUUUGGA